GGGGCGCCGGUCCCGCCUCGGGGCCCGGUGCAUGCGCGGGCGGUGGCGGAAGUGUGAGGGGUGGGUUCUGCUUCCGGGUGAUGGCGGCGGAGGGGCCGGGAGCGCAGUGAGACCCGGUGGGAGCGGGGUAAGAUGAGCCCGGCCCGCAGCAGCCAGCGCUGAGCCCGCCCCGCGGCCGCCGCCAGCGCCGGAGAUGGCAGCGGAGUCCACGAUCCCCAUCUGGCAGAACAAACCCCAUGGCUCAGCACGCAGCGUUGUCAGGAGAAUCGGGUCAAACCUCCCUUUAAAGCCCUGUCCCAGAGCAACCUUUGAGGUUCUACCUAAUGUCUCGGAGCUCUAUUUAAAUGAUGUCCCUCCAGUCCCCACCUUGGCAGACAUUGUGUGGAUAGCAGCAGAUGAUGAGGAAACAUACGCCAGAGUCAGAAGCGACACUCGCCCGCUGAAGCACAAGUGGAAGCCGAGUCCCUUCACUGUUAUACAGCGAAAUGCUUCAGUCCCCAACCUGAGGAAGCAGGAGGAGAAGCUGCUCGCCUUGAAGAAACCUGGUUUACCAGCACUGAGCCGAACAACAGAGCUCCAGGAUGAGCUGAGUCACCUUCGGAGUCAGAUAGCUAAAAUAGUCGCUGCGGAAUCAGCUUCUGCUUCAUUCACACCAGAUUUGCUGUCUCCAGGAAGUUCAAAUGCGUCUUCUCCUUUACCUUGUUUCGGACCCUCUUUCCAGUCUACAACCUCCUUUGUCAUUAGUGACAUCACGGAGGAGGAGGCAGAGCUGGAGAGCCCCGAGCUCCCGUCCGUGUCCCUGCUCUGCUCCACAGCCUCCGAGUGCUACAAAGCAGAGCCAAAGGAUCCCGAUGAGGAGGAUUCUGUGUCUCUGUCCAAGGCCAGCAGUUUCGCAGACAUGAUGGGCAUCCUCAAAGACAUUCAUAGGAUGAAACAAAGCAAAGACUUCAGAAACCGAAUGUCGCUGAAGGAGGAGGACCCGGCGGUUCUCAUUGCAGAAGUUCUGAGAAGAAAAUUUGCCCUCAAGGAUGAAGAUCUGGCCCUGAAGGAGAAGUGAUGCUCCUGGCAUUAAACUCUGCAAGCGUUACUGCUCCCACAGUGUUUUCCACAGUAGCUGCCUUCCUAAGGAUGGAGCCUUUUGCCUCUUUUGUCAAUGAGAAAUGGUUUCUGCACUGGACCCUGACUUAGGAAAGACCCUUUGGAUUUGGUGUGUUUUCCAUGUAUUAUUACAUUUAAGACAAACCUUUUUAAGAAGAUGGAAAUUCUUUUCCACCUGUAUUUUGAUGUUGAUUAUUGCUGAGGAUCUUCUAGAGUGAAACACGUGCUGCUGGAUGAUGUUCUUCCCACCUACAGUUUUCCUUAGGUUCACAUUAAGCAUUAGCUUGUACCGGCCUCGUCCCAGUGUGACCAGUUACCAUUUCCAGUAUAAAGGAAUGGCAAAGAGCCCGUUCUGUCGCUUGUCCUGAGCAUGGUACAGAGCUACUGAGAAUAAGCUACCCAGCGCUUCCAGGCCUUCAGUGUUUAGGAGGUGGUUAAAUGACAGCAGCAGAAGUUGUCCUCCGGGUACCUGUGUCUGCCCCAUGGCAGGAUGAACCCAUGGGCAGUGAUCAAAUCAGCCGGUCCCACCGAAGGGCCACGGGGUGGUUUUAGGCUGCCCUGGGUAUUUCCAAGUAAGUUACCCCACAACUGCAUGACAGAAUGGCCUUCAUUUCUUGCCAGUAAGUCAAUGUUUCAUUACUAGUCCUUGUAUUCAGAUAAUGUACUUUAUUUAGCACUCAGAAGGUCUAUUUAUUGCUAAGAACCAAGCACCCGCCACAAGAGCUGUCACUGAGGAAGGGGACGAAGGAGCUUGGCAUUGCCUGUGGCUACACUUCUCACUGACUGAAGAGCUUUCCUUCAGCUACACCUCUGCAGUGUUCUCAUGGCUGUAUUUAAAGGAUGUUGGGUUUUUUUCCUUUAUAUAAAAUGGAGCCUUAAUAAGACAA